AGUUAUAACAUCGAUGUUAUAACUUCGGCGUAAAUCGGGCCGUGUAAACGUAAUCAUAGAUACGGUACCUAAAGACAAGCUGCCCCGAAAUCUUCUCCCUCCGGCACGCUUUACUCUUCCAGUAUCUUUCUAUAUUUCAGUGGUGUACGUCCUAUAGUGUAGUAAUAGCGUGUAGUGAAACGAACAUAUCAUCCGAUCAAACUGUAGGAUUUUUCUAACGUGGUAACGCUCGAUAAGGCAUAUAAAUAUGAGCUCUUUUAGUGUGAGUAUUUUUCCAGAGGAGAUACUGCUAGAAAUGUUCAAGUUUUGUGAUGUAUAUACUUUAAUACAACUUUGUGAAGUAUGCAAACAAUUUAAACGUUUAUCAAUUGAGAUCUUAAUUAAAAAAGCUAGCAAUUUACUUAUUACGAAUGAGGUGUCGCUAAAUUUUCGUACACGAUGUAAACCACUAUUAUCUUUGCCUAAUAAGUUUAUAACGUAUUACAACUGGAUAAAUAGAAAUUAUAAUUCAAGUUUGGUAUGUGAAUUGUCUAACAGUUAUUACAAAUCGCGUAGUAAAUGCAUGCGUAUGACUGAAAGUAUGAUUUGGCAUACUUAUAAUUCUCGUCUUCAUGCUCAUAACCGCGGAAGAAACGGCACUCUUACAAAAUCCAAGAAUGUUGGAUUUAGCGACUCUGACAUCCUUGAUAUUGUUUAUUGCAAUGAUGAAAUUAUAAGUUGCCACCUAGAUGGUAGUAUUAGGCAUUGGAAAAUUGUAUUACAGGAUACAAAUAAAUCUCUUCGACAAUUAAAAAUUCAUGAUGAUGUAUAUGAUACCUCGGUCAAGAACAUUGAUGCAACAACACAAUAUAUUAUUUCAAGUUCUUUAGAUUCAAUAAAGAUACAGAAAAAUACACAUGAAGAAGAUGAUUCUGCAAAAGAAAACCAAAUACUUUAUAGCACCGAACAUAAUGUGAGUGCAAUUUCAAUUGACCCUACAGAAACCAAAUUUGCUGCUAGUACCAAUUUACCAGCCAUUUUGAUUUAUGAUAUUGAUAAAAGUUCUCCAGUGAUAAAUAAAGACUUUGAUGUUUGUCUCCGACUACUAUGGGAAGAUCCUUACACUAUUCUCAUGUGUUGUAAUCGUAAUAUUAAAAAAAUGGAUAUAAGAACAUCCGAAUUUGUACGUACAUGGGAGGUUCCUACUUAUCUAAAUCACAUUUUGGAAUUAACAUGUUUUUCAUCAGAUAAUUUGCAUACUAUUAUGACGGGGACGAAUUAUAAUAAGGUCAUUCUAUGGGAUCAAAGACGAAGUAGUUUGAUUCAAAAGUAUAAUGUAAGUCAAAAUAUGAACCAUCAUAUAUAUUCUGUACAAUUUGAUAGCUCUCAUAUGUAUACUACUACAGAGUACGGUUUAUUUGAAUUUGACUUCCAAGGAAACAAAAGCUACUUUAACCACACAGAAAUGAAAACAUUUUUUACUGAUUUUUUUUAAAUAAAAGAAUCACUUAUUUUACAAAAAUGACAUUAUUAACAAGCAUUACAGUAUAGUAUGAGGUCGACGCUUAAAAUUUAGACAUAGGAUUUUAUAAUUAUCAACUAUUAUUGAAAGAUAUAAAGAAAUAACAUAUAUAUAUAAUACACAUAUUAGAGAAAUACAUAAAUUUUUAAAUCAUUGGACUAAAGAUCUUAAACAAAAGAGAAUGACGUGGAUCACCAAAAAACAACGUUUAUAACCAGCUUCGAUAAAAAAACAUGAAUUGCGGAAUUUACGGAAAUUCGGUUUAGAUGGCUGUUCCAACAUAUCAAUCGGCUCAACAUAGAUGGUUUUCCACCAAAGAACACAGGUGACACAAAUCACACAGUGUAUGUCAUAAUACUCUUCUACAACGACACAACUCGACACAAAGAGUGCAUUCGUUUACGCAGUAGUUAGCGCAUCUAUUGCGUCUCUUAUCUGCUAGUCACGUGACCUAAUUUACCGAAUGGACAUCUACGUGAAUAACUGCUCGGAUCAUAUCUUCCAAUAGGAAAUCUAGGCAAAACUUCAAUAUAAGUAAAGAGAAGAUUUUAAAACAAACGUAAUAUUCAAACAAUUAAAAUUUGUAGGGUGCAUUCGUUUAUGCAGUACCACGCAGUAUUGCGAGCAGAAUAUCUAGAACAGAACGCAACACCUCCAAGGUACCCGUCAAAAACAGUACGUGAAAUCCACGUUAUUGCCAUGUGAGCACUAAAAAUGUGAAACUUUAAUUUGUUAUAUCUCUUAAACCCUUUGACUAUGAAAAUGUGGACUACUAAAGCCAACUUGACUUAGUAUCCAAGAUCUGUGGCGACACCGUGUGGCAACGGGACCGGGAAUAACUAAUCCAUACAAUAGUGUACGUGUCAAAGGCUGCGAAUCAAGGAAAUAUAAGAAGGGGAAAUAAAUGACUCCAGUCUGCAGUUUAAAGAGCGUCAUUCAGCGGAAAAUCUAGUUACUUUGCCCAACUGUUGAGUCCGCUGAAUGCGGCCAAUUAUCGUCCGCUGUUAUCGGCUCGGUGGAAGCGAGACAAAAGACUCUUAUAUCUUUUCUCUUCUACAAACCGGCGACUGAAUUUCGGAACACAGCCUCGGACGCGUGAAUAAAAGAAGUGGAUACGUCAUCAACGUGUCGUGUUAUGCUGAGAUUGUCAAUCUGCUUUGCUAGUUGGAUUUGGAUUUUGAUGGAUUUACUACUUUUUGACCUGACCGUAUCAAAAAAUGAAAUAUAUCCAAAACAAAAUAUUUCCUUUUUGGAUUUUCAAGAAGAAAAGUUGGCACAUGAUUCCUCCAAAAAUUUUUGGAAAAGAAAAUUGCUUUGUAAAAAUGAUUUGAUUAAAACUACUAAAUUAAGACUCUCAAACAAGAUCAUCUAUUCUAAUAGCAAUCAAAUUGUUAAAAACACAAAUGCUAAAGAAAAAUAUAAAAAUGCUAUGGAUAGUAUAAAUAAAAAAACUUUAGUGGAUUAUAAUGGUCCAGCAAUAAUAGAGGAUCUUCAGAAUAGGAAUGAUCAGGAUUUCACAAACCAUAUUCGCGUUAAGAGAAACGUACUGAUGAAUGAUUCGAUCAUUAAUCACCAAUGGAAUUAUUCUAUGAAUUUAAUAAAUUCUUUUCCACUUGUUUCUACAAAUUUCUGGAACAAGUCUGAUGCUAUAAAUUUAUUUAACAAAGGAUCAAACUUGAACACGGAUGGCAGGAUUCAAUAUUCUGAUGUCUUUUAUAGAACUACAAUAAGUAUGCCAUAUUUGCGACAUAAAAGAAGAGUUUUGUCUAGAAGUAAACGACAUAAGAAACAUGCGAAAGAAAAUACUAAACACACUAAAAUCGGCAACAAGAAGCAUAGUACUUCAAAAUUUUCCCAAAAAUCUAUUAUGAAAAAGGCAAAUAGUACAAAAAAAAGAAUUAAAAAGGCAGGAAUUGAAAUACCCGUCAAAACGAUCGACGAAUCACAGAUGGGAUCUAAAAUAGAAAAAAGAGAAUCCGGACAUAGCAGUUUAAGAACUGAUUCUAGUGAACAGCAAAAUGCCGUCAUACUACCUUUCGUACAUACUGGAAAAGCGGAGUUGCGUGUUCGUAUCGAAAAAAUUCCCACAAAUGUAUCUUCAUUUACUGUUAACUGGACGGAUUGUUCCGUUGGAACUCAUCCUUAUUCAACUAUAUCACCAAAAUAUGGGGCAAAAAUUGACAAAAUUUCCAAUUUCAAUAUUACAAAUCUUGAAAUCACUCCGAACUUCGAUUCCACUGAGAAAACAGAUGAAAAAGAGAUUCUUCUACCGAGAAGAGAUGAUAACUUGAUGAUAGAAUUUACGUUGAAGAAGUCAGAUUAUGGAAGCAAUACCUCCAAUCAAGAAACAAAUAAUUCUGGAAAUAGAUUAUAUAAUUCAGAAUCUUAUUCGACUAAAUUUAAUUCGCUGGGAAUAAAAGAUGAUUCAAAAAAUGGAAAAUAUAAUCACGUGAACAAAAUAUCUGUGGAAUUGUCGAAUGGGAAUAUGAAAUCGCGCGCAAAGAGAAACCAAGAAAUUACUUCUGAGUGUUAUUUACGAAAUAAUAUAAACACGAGAUCGAAGCAGUUCAGGAACGCUGAACAAAGAACGUCGAUCGGAAAUAUGAAGCAUAAGACAAAGCAUAGAAGAAUUCGCGGUAAUCGCGCUGUGAGGUCGAUCGGAGAAAUUAAGGAACUUGCUGAAAAAUUAAUCGUCAAAGUAAGCGAAUUGGAAAUCUAUGUCAACGACCGUAACGAAACUCUUUACGUAACGGAUUCUUGCACUAGUAAAAACGCGGAUCGCACAGCCGUCGAAAGAACACCACGGAUUGUUUUGGAGAAACAAGGUGUUUCGAGUUCCAAGACCGUCGGCAAUAUUGACAACCGUCAACACUUUGCAAAAAACAGUGGACAGGUGGCUUUGGCAGGGAAAAAAACAUUCCAAAUGCCUUCCGGCAGCUCGAGAUUUGUGCGAGGAGAGAACCAUACGAGAAGAAAACCGCGCCGUAAGUGGAGCAGAUGGAUGGACUGGAGCAGCUGUAGUGUAACCUGCGGCAAGGGCCGGCAAAUCAGAUGGAGGCAUUGUCUGCGAGAUUGCAACGAUGCGGAAACCGAGAUGGAGGAGAAAGCAUGUCAAUUGCCAGCUUGUCCCCCGGGAAAGUUCCUUGGAAUAUUCUGAAAAAUCUUCCGCUGAAUAAACAAAUGACGAUCGAUGCAAGUAUUAUGUGCGGUGACAGCGACACGUUAUUAGUCACAAUUAAAAAAUAAUAUGAUAAUGACGAGUUAAAAUAAAUAAAUCUUUCGAUCAUUGCAUAAACUCUUCUCUCUUGUUAGUGUAAUUAUUCUCAGCUAUAUUUUUCAAUAAUUUGAGAUACCAACAAAUGUUGCUUAAUAAAAAGUAUUGGGAUUCAAUUAAAGAUUUAACGAGAUUCGAAUUAAUCUGUAAAUGUCAUGUCAUCGUAUCAACGCAACUUGUAAUUACAAAUUGAAUUAAAAAAGAUACCAGAGCAUUUGAUAUAAUGCUAUCACUCGCUUUAGCAAUAGAAUUUUUCAAAAAUUUUAUUGACUUAAGAUAAAUAAAAGCAUGAUAUAGUAUAUCCGAAAAACAUUGAUAUACUUCAAUAAUAAAACAGAAUUUACUUUUCGAUAAAGAAAGUUCGCGGAGUAUCAAAUUUUUUA